UUUAUAAAAAGCCGCUCGGUGCAAUCUGACAGUCAAUAAACGUAAGGCGCACAAGGAAACUCUCCGAAAGAGAACUGAGUGAUAGAACAAUGGAAGGUGACUGUCAAGUGACUCUUUUUGCAGCCGUGGAUGCCGAAUCAAAGAAGUUGUCAAGAAAGGCUGCCAAACGUGGCGCAAAGCUUACCAUGGCCGUUUGGGCUUUCGCAUUAUUCCUUGCCGCUGCUGCCGCCGCUGCCGCCGCUGCCGCUUUUCUCAUCUUCAACAUGCACACCAAGAAGCCCGGACGAGAUGACGGCAGUUUUGAUAUUCAUCACACUCUGCGUCAACUCUCCCAACGGGCCGACGCCAUCAGAGCUGCCAUUCACUUAACGGGACAGUACAAUCCUAAUUUUGCCAACUCGGUGCAAUGGAUGGAUCAGGUGGACCCAUCCCACUCCCAAGGAGGUCUCGAGCUCAAGGACAACCAGAUUAUCAUCCCCGAAACCGGCCUCUACUUUGUUUACAGUCAAGUCUCAUUUCGGGUCAGUUGCCGCCUGGACCACGACGACGACGCCGCCGCCGCCACCGGGCCGGCCACGUCCAUGGUUCACCUGACGCAUCGAGUCAGACGCUGGUCCAGCUCGUUCGGCAACGACGAAUACCGCACCAUCCUGCACUCGGUCCGGACCGCCUGCCAAAAAACAGCCGACGGCGAGCAAGAGGGCGGCUGGUACUCGGCCGUGUACGUGGGAGCCGUCUUCAACCUGAACAGAGGAGACAGGUUGAAGACGGUGACGGAGAAAAUGCUGCCAAACCUGGAGGAAGAGGCCGGCAAGACAUUCUUUGGCGUCUUUGCCUUGUGAAAACAUGCCAGGCGGGACCAAAUUGACGGGAACAUUGCCAUCCCAUGGAACAGAGCCAGCAAAGCUCACUGCAAGUGUACAAGUCAUGUAUCUGUGAAAAUACAUAUCUGGGGAUAUAUAUUAGCUUACCUACGUACUGUGUACAAUCAAGUAAGUGUCAGUACCUUUUGCUGUACUACGAUGCACAACUCAAUUUGUCUAUUAACACCAUCA